AUGCCAAAUUCUCCAAUGUCACCAACGUUGCGAGAAAGGUUGGAUUUCCCAGGUUCACAAUUACUAAAUAGAUUAAAAAAAUUAAGACAUUUUACAACUGAUAAAUGGUUAACGAGGUGGAUUUUGCUUCCUACGAUGGGUUUUGCUUUCAUCCUUGCUCUUAUUAUACAAAUAUUUACGCCUGAACUCUCAUUAGCUUCAUUAAAAACCGACUGUAAAAUUGGUCCUCAAUCCAUUCCAAUAUUAAUAUUGAUUGCGGCAUUCCUGGUGAUUAUAUGUCCCAUUCUCUUCUACCUCUUGUAUGAUUUGCGAGAUGCUUAUGGUCUUCGAAAUGAAUUAUUGGUUACGUUAUUCAGUUGCAUGUUUGCAUACGCUGGUUAUUUCGUAUUUGAAUUAUUAUUACCACGAUGGAGAAAUUAUUUUGGUAGUUUAAUGUUUGCCUGGAUAACAUUUAUAUUAUGCCAUACCUUCUCUAUCACCAUGCCAGUAAUUCGAUCAUUUAAAGAUCAAUCGGAUUCUAUUCCCAAUUCACGUUCUUUUAAGAGAGACAAUAAUAAAGUGGAGGAAGGAAAAUUUAACCGUCACGCGUUGUUUGAGAAAGUCCUCGGGGAUUCCGAACUAUUUGAACAUUAUAAGAUCUGCGCGGCAACAUGUUUCUGUACGGAACUUAUAAUCUUCUUACAAGAAUAUCAAUUCUUGAAAAUGUUGGUGGCCCAUUGUUGCACUCCAUCAAGUAAAGGAAUGAUUCCCCCAUCAACUCCAAAACUUUAUAUAACGGAAACCGGUCAUAUUUCAUUUAUUGAAAAUCAUCCCGAGCCAAUAACAUCCCCAUCGCUUAUAACUACGCCUUGUACAAAAUCAAUAGCUGAAACCGUAUCAGCUGCUUCUUGGAUACCCUUUCCACAUGAAUUACGUGCCGAUUAUGAUACCUUUUAUGAAACAUUUUUUGAUAUGGAUUCAGAUUUGGCCAUUAAUUUUCCUGGUAACCUGUUAAAUUCUGUAAAAAGCAAGAUCUCGAAUGAGAAGUACGAUUUAAACAUGUAUGAACAGGCUAGAGAUGAGGUUUUAAAUUUAUUAUAUAGAAAUACUUUUGAUAGAUUCUUGAAAGUAUGUGAACCUGAACUUACAAAAAGAGGACUUUAA